UUCUCCGGAAGCAGACACUCCUCCUUCCCGCGCCUGUCUCUCCAAGAGUGGUAACGGUUGUGGCGCGUGCCGCCCUGGCCAUGGCGUGCAGACGCGGGGCGCUGGUGGUGCUGGAGGGUGUGGACCGGACCGGGAAGACCACGCAGAGCCGGAGGCUGGUGGAAGCGCUGCAGGCAUCUGGGCACCUCGCCGAGCUCCUGCGAUUCCCGGACAGAACAACAGAAAUUGGGCAGCUAAUUAGCUCCUACUUGGAGAACAAGAGCAAUUUGGAAGACCACACAGUGCAUCUGCUUUUCUCUGCUAACCGCUGGGAACAAGUGCCGUUGAUUAAAAAGAAGUUAAAUCAAGGCAUCACUUUAGUGGUGGACAGAUACGCUUUUUCCGGGGUGGCCUUCACAAGUGCCAAAGAGAAUUUCUCCUUGGAUUGGUGCAAACAGCCUGAUGUAGGGCUUCCAAAGCCAGAUUUGAUCCUAUUUCUUCAGUUGAGCACGUUGGAGGCAGCAAAACGAGGGGACUUUGGAAAUGAACGCUAUGAGAACAGCUCCUUCCAGGAGAAAGUUCUACAGAACUACUACCAUCUGAUAAAGGACAAGACUUUAAACUGGAAGACAAUUGAUGCUUCGAAGAGCAUUGAAGAGCUGCAUAAUGAAAUUAAGUCUUUCACUGAGGAGGCUAUGCAGGAGGUUCAGAAUAAGCCCAUAGGAGCACUCUGGAAAUAGAAUUGGCUUUUACUCCACCCUCUUCCUGCAGCAUAUUCUGCUCCAGAUCUGAUUGAAGGGGAACUGGCAUCUCUCAGAUCUUCCUCAGACAGACUCCUUCACCUUUAAUAGCUGCAGUUUAGAUCACAGAGCAUUGUUUUUAUAGACCAAAAAUACCUUGGAGACCUCUGGUUUUAUCUAACUCCUCCUCUGUAAAUUGGAUCUUACAAGCCAUCUUCCUGGUGUAUUUUAUAAAUGCAGACUUUAUUGUAAAUCUUCCUAUAAUCCAGGCACAAACCUUGUGCAGGAGCAAUGACAAAAUGUAUAAAACAAGUAAUGGUAAGUGGAACUUUUGGCUAAUUACCACAAUGAGUUAUGGUAGUGGGACUUGAGGUGGGGGAGAUUGGGUUGUGAAUCAAGAGAAGGGGAAAGGGGUUUUUCUACAUUUGUACUUAGAGAACUGUCAUUUUCCAUAAUCAUAUGCCUGUGGGAUUCCCCUUCCCAUAACUUAUUUAACAUACUAACUCAAACUCUUAAUUUGUGUAAGUCUUGCUAAUAAAUUAGUGCCUUUUA